GGCCCCCAACUUACACAGGAACAGAUGGCCACGCUAUAUCAGCAAGUCAAGUCAUCAAACUGGCAGCGCUCACAGUACAGCCAAUGACAAAGAGUUCAUGGCCCCCAUCUUACCGCACCGAAAUGUUUCAAUGCUCACAUUCUGGUGGAGGGCUUUCGUUUGGAUCCGUACUGGUCGCUUCCGAUGAUGCUGCACUCUUUGGUGAUGAAAUCGAUGCAUGUCGCCACGCUGCCAAAGCGCCUUCAGAGCCAGCGGAGGAAUUCGAGGUGUGGUCGGAAGUGGAAUUGCGCAAAAUGGCUGGUGGUCUAGAUUUGGAUGAGAUGAUGGUGACAAAUGACAGGUUCAAUGCCUGCUAUGUCGACGUUGGAUUGGAAGUGUCUACAACAGACAAUUCAGUCUUCUGGCAUAUGGAUGCCCAUCACCUAAUCCUACAAGAGAUGUUCCCCACCUGGAAUGAGGCCAUUUUGCAUGCACAUACUAGACCCUUGCACAAGAAUUACAAGCGUGACCUUGUAGCCCAGCUCACUGAGAUUUCUGGCUUCCGAUAUGAGGUGCCUGUCAGGCAAAACCAAAAUGGGGCUCAGUACCUCAAUGUCUAUCACACAGACAAGGCACUGACCUACAGACUCUCUCGCAAGGGAGUCACCAACUCUGCAGAGGCAGAUGCUGUCAUCCUCACAGGGCAAGAUUCUUGGUUCCAGGGGAUGUACAAUACGUACUUCAAGGCAUAUGAGGAACGCUACACUGGUGCUGCCUGAUAUGAAGCAUGAGUGCAG